AUGUUGAAACCAGAGCGAGUAACAUUUUCUGCUGAUGAUGAUAAUUUCUAUCAGCUUGCAAAUAGUGAUCAAUUAAAUUCUGUUCUUAACGAUUCCCUCGUUCAUUAUUCGACUGAUUUUAAAAAAACAGAUCAGCCAGUAUCAAGAUCACUUAAUCAUUCGAAUUCUUUAGACCAGCUUCCAUCUACAGUAAUGUCUAGUCAGGAACAACAACAUCCUCAUCAACCACCACCACCACAACAACAACAACAACAACAACAAAUUGAGCAUGAACCAUUAACAGCAUCGCCUAUAAUCUCCGAAGAAAUCCCGAUUCUAAAUGAAACUAAUUUACGUCAAUUUGAUGCAUUAAAAUUACAACAAUUAGCUGUUGGUUCACCUGAAAAUCUAUCAAAUAUAAAUGAACAAGAUACUAAAACGAGUCCAGCUCAUUCAAUAUCGUAUGCUGAUAUACAAAAAGAAGUGGACCGCGUAAGACAAAUGAAAUAUGGUCGAACAUAUUCAUCACCAACAUCAUCACUUUGUUCACGAUUAACAAUAAAUCCAUUCAAUGGAUCAAAUAAUAAUAUUGAUUUAUCAUCAAUAACACAAUCGGUUCAUUUUACUGAACAACUUAAUAAAAUAAGUCAUCUUCCAUUUUCAUCAACAUUUAUAACAUCAAUACCCGAAUCAGUUGUACCAGCAUCCUCAUCAUCAACAGAUGGUAAUCAUUUUAUACCAAUUCCUCACAUUGAAUCACCUUCGUUAGAAGACCGAGAAGUAUUUGAAACAUUUCAUACCAAACAAACAUCUAUACCCGGUAUAGCUAUUCGUCAAUCAGUUAAUUCAUUAAAUCGUAAUAUAUCAACAUCGGAAACAGAUUUAAUUGCAUCAUUAGAUCGUAGUGCAAGUAAACAAGGUAUAGAUAAUCAAUCUGAACAUGGCACAACCUAUAGUGGUGUAUCAGACGAUGUGAUAUUUCUGGAAUGGGAUAAAGAACGCAAUUUGUUUCAAGAUUAUAUUAAUUCAUUACGUACAGAAAUUCGGGUGCUUCUACAAGAACGUUCAGAAUAUCAAAAAAAUAUUGAAACAAUAAAUAAUAAUUUAAGUCAACAUAAACAUAUAAAUUUAACACAAUUAAAUACUGAUCAAACAAAAUUAGAUCUGCUGAAAAAAUCUUUAGAAGAGAAAAAUCUCGUUCUGGAACAGUUACAAAAAGAAUAUGAAACAGUCAAAGAAAAAAAUGCCAAUUUAGCAAGAAAAAUAUCGGUUUUACGUUGCGAUGCAAAAUCUCAAUCGGGUGUAAUUGACGAAUUAAAACAAAAAAUAACUGAAUUAACGGUUGAUCUACAAAAUCAUAUUAUUGUUAAACGUCGUUUAGAAAUUUCAAUGAUGAAUCUAGAAAAUGAUUGUAAAAUAAUUGAUGCAGAAAGAAUACGUUUAUCUAAUGAUGUUAAAGAUACGCAAUUAAAUAAACAAGACUUAGAAAAAUUAUUGCAACAAGCGAAUGUACAAAUUGCUGAACAAGGUUCAACCAUUGAAAUGCUUCGUUCGGAUAACAUUGAAGUUCGUUCACAAUUAUCUGCCACACAACGUCGAAUGUUACAAGAAAAACAACAAGUAAUGGAUUAUCUUCGUCAAAUUGAAAAUGAUCUUAUUGAAAAAGAACAAAUAAAACAACGUGAAUCUAUUCUACGAAAAGAUUAUGAUAAAUUACAAUUGAUUCAUAAACAAGAUCGACAAGAUAUUGAAAAAUUAAGUCUACAAAUAAAUCAAGAUAAACAAAAGUUAGAUCAACUAGAACAAGAACGUUUACAAUUAUUUAAAACAAUUCAAAAUAUAGACGAUAAUAAAGGGAAUUUAGAAACCGAACUAGAUUCAUAUAAAUCAGCAACCAAACGUCUAUAUACAUAUUUUAAAAUACCAUUCGAUUCUAUUCAUUCUAUUGAUCAAUUAAUUCCAAUGUUAGAAGAUCGAUAUCGUACAGAACAAGUCUCACAAGCUCGUAUUCAUGACAUUCAACUUGUAAAAUCAGCAACGGAUACGAAUCAUGAGCAUGAAACAGAAGAAAUCCGACAACUUCGAGAGGAUCUUCUAUCCGUGAAUAUACAAUUGAAACAAUUAAAUGACGCUAAUCAAGCUUGGCAACAAUAUCAACAGAAUCAAAUAAUAUUAUUACGUGAUCGACUCAACUUAACUAAUAUUGAUAAUUUAUCUUUUGAUGAUAUUGUACAACAAAUUGAAAAUCGUUUUAAUAUAUUAAAUAAUGAACUUGUUGAAUUACAAGAUGUUAAAAAAACAACUGAAAUUCAAGCUGUUAGUGCGCAAUAUAUAAAAGAUCAUCUUUAUCAAUCGAAAGACACACAAACAGAAGACGCUCAAGAAUAUAAACCUAUGCAGAAAGAUGAAUCUGCGGAAAUUCUCAUUCAAAAGCUUACAAUUAAUAGUAAGCAAUAUGAAGAAGAACUUCGGGAACUACGAGAAAAUUUAGCUACUUUGACUACACAAGCUGCACAACUAGAUGAAGCUAAUCAAGCAUGGCAACAAUAUCAUCGAACGCAACUCGAUAACUUUAGAAAUAAACUUCAACCAAGUUUGCCCAUUGAAAUCGAACUUUCCUUAGAUGACAUAGCACAAUACAUAGCUAAUUAUCUUGAUCAAAUGCGGGAUGAACGUGAAAAUCUUAGAGAACAGUUACAAACAUCUGAGAAGUUAAUCAAUGAUCAUCGUUCUCAAUCAACUGAUAACAUUUUAACAACACAAGAAAAUUUCGCUAGCACUAUCAAUGAACUCAAUCAGAAGCUACUUUUGAUCAAACAACAAAAUGAUCAACUUGAAACUGAGAAAUUUAUUUUAAAUCAACAAAUUCUAAAUCAAGAAUCUACUAUUUCAAAGCACGAAACAAAACCAUCAUCAUCAGAUUCGACAUUAUCUGCAGUUACUAGACACAGAGACACUACGCCAAUUCAUGAGCCCCAGAUUCAUUCAGUCAUGCCAAUUCAAUCAGCAUCACCACUUACAAUGGCACAUGAUCAAGAGCUUGCACAACUUCGAGAAACUGUCACGAUUCUCACAGAUCAAUGUGCACAGCUAGAUGAAGCGAAUCGAGCAUGGCAGCAAUAUCAUCAAACACAAGUACAAGAUUUCCAAUCUAAAUUAAAAGAUUAUUUGCCUCUCGACCAAAACACUUCACUUGAUUCCUAUGCCGAACAGAUUAUUCAACUAAUGCUCAAGACCAAAGAAGAUUUCAACGCAACAAACGAAGCACUACGCGAAGAAAUAGCAAAUGUCCGCCUAGAAUCAGGAACGAACUUGGAAACAAUAAAAGAAUCUUAUGUGAAUGCAAUUAAUGAAUUAAAUCAAGAACUACUUGCUAUCAAAAAUCAAUAUGAAGCACUGGACAGCGAAAAACAGAGAUUAGUCGAUGAACUAGGAACUCGAACAGUUGGGUUGAAUCCGGAUCAGUGUAAACAGAAUAUUGAAAGAAUAUCAUCGAAUUUACGUCAACAUUCAUUCGACGAGGCUUUAAUUCAUAGCCGCGAUGCUACACGUACAGAAGAUGGAGAAGCUGAAAAACUACGUGAGACUGUUGCUCUUCUCACAACACAAUGUGCCCAAUUAGAUGAAGCUAACCGAGCAUGGCAACAAUAUCAUCAAACACAACUUGAUACUUUCAAAACUACGCUGCAAGAACAUCUACCUUUGAAUGACACUUUCACAUUAGAUCAAGCUGCACAACAGAUUCUUAAUCAAAUCAUAAGCGAAAGACAAGAUUUCAAUCAACAAUAUCAAGCAUUAGAAAAACAAAAUGAAGAUCUGCGAUCCGAAUCUGGAACGAAUUUGGAAACUAUCAAAGAAUCUUAUGUGAAUGCAAUUGAAGAAUUAAAUAAAGAGCUCAAUAGUAUGAAAGAACAGUACGAGCAAGCUAACAAAAUCGAAUCAUCUGAUCUAUUGCAAAAGUCGUUCCAAGAGAUAUCAUUGCAAAGUAGCGCCCCACUUGAUCAUCAAGACUCAGAAGAAAUUCGACAACUUCGAGAAAAUCUCGUUUUACUCACAUCGCAACUUGACGAAACCAACCGAGCAGCGCAACAAUAUCAACAAACACAGUUGAAUAUUUUACGAAAUCAAUUUCAACAUUGUUUAUCGAUUGAUUUCGAUAAUUCAUUUGAUGUCAUUGCUCAGCAAAUUGCUGAUCAUGUCACAAGAGAACGAGAAGAUUUCAAUGAGAAAUAUCAAACAUUAGAAAAACAAAAUGAAGAUCUCCGUUCAGAAUUAACAAAUAAUAUGGAAUCCAUUCGACAAUCUUAUGUGAACACAGUAAAUGAGCUAAAUCAAGAAUUACUCAUUAUGAAAAAGCAAUGUGAAGAAUGUGAUACUCAAAAUCAAUUGUUGACUGAUGAACUCGAAAAACGACCUCUGCCAAGCAAUCAAGAGUCAGUUGAACCAAAUAUUGAAAAAGUGUCAUUGAACGUAUUGAAACAGCCAUUUGAAGAGGUACCUAUUCAUAUGCGUGGUGUGAAUGGUACAGAAGAUGAAGAGCUUGGGCAGCUCCGCGAGACUGUUGCUCUCCUCACAGCUCAAUGUACCCAACUAGACGAAGCUAAUCGAGCAUGGCAACAAUAUCUUCAAACACAAGUACAGGAUUUCCGAUCUAAGCUACAAGAUUAUUUGCCUGUGAAUGAAAAUAUUUCACUCGAUUAUGCUGCCGAACAGAUUAUCGAACAGAUAUCGAAGGAGAGACAGGCUUUCAAUGAAAAAUAUGAAACACUGGAAAAAGCGAUGGAAAAUCUUGAAUUGGAAUCUGGAACGAAUUUGGAAACAAUUAAAGAAUCUUAUGUUAAUACAAUUGAUGAAUUAAGUCAAGAGCUAGCGGUCAUGAAUAGUCAAUGUGAACAACUGGAUGCUGACAAGCAAAGAUUAUCCGAUGAACUUGAAAGACGAACAGCUGAGUUCGAUCGAGAUCGUUCUAGACAGAACAUUGAGAGAGUAUCAUCGAAUUUACUACAACAAUCAUUUGAAGAGGUUCCCAUCCAUCGUAGUGGUGCUACACGUACAGAAGAUGCAGAACUUGGAGAACUACGUGAGACUGUUGCUCUUCUUACAGCUCAAUGUACUCAACUAGAUGAAGCUAAUCGAGCAUGGCAACAAUAUCAUCAAACACAAGUACAAGAUUUCCGAUCUAAACUACAAGAUUAUUUGUCUCUUGAUGAAAAUAUUUCACUCGACUUUGCUGCCGAACAGAUUAUAAAACAAAUAUCGAAAGAGCGAUCCGAUUUCAAUGAGAGAUAUAACGGACUAGAAACACUCAACGCAGAUCUUCGAUUGGGAUCAGGAACGAACUUGGAAACAAUUAAAGAAUCUUAUGUUAAUACAGUUGAUGAAUUAAGCCAAGAGCUAGCGGUCAUAAAAAGUCGAUGUGAACAACUGGAUGCUGACAAGCAAAGAUUAUCCGAUGAACUUGAAAGACGAACAGCUGAGUUCGAUCGAGAUCAUUCUAGGCAGAAUAUCGAGAGAGUAUCAUCGAACUUACUACAACAAUCAUUUGAAGAGGUUCCAAUCCAUCGUAGUGUCGCUACACGUACAGAAGAUGGAGAAGCUGAAAAACUACGUGAGACUGUUGCUCUUCUCACAACACAAUGUGCCCAAUUAGAUGAAGCUAACCGAGCAUGGCAACAAUAUCAUCAAACACAACUUGAUACUUUCAAAACUACGCUGCAAGAACAUCUACCUUUGAAUGACACUUUCACAUUAGAUCAAGCUGCACAACAGAUUCUUAAUCAAAUCAUAAGCGAAAGACAAGAUUUCAAUCAACAAUAUCAAGCAUUAGAAAAACAAAAUGAAGAUCUGCGAUCCGAAUCUGGAACGAAUUUGGAAACUAUCAAAGAAUCUUAUGUGAAUGCAAUUGAAGAAUUAAAUAAAGAGCUCAAUAGUAUGAAAGAACAAUUCGAGCUGAUCUCUGCUGAAAAACAAUUUUUAACUGAUGAGCUUGCGAAAAGCCCUAUGGGCUUCAAUGGGGGCAAAAGCAAGGAAUCAAUUGAAUCUGGAACGAAUUUGGAAACUAUCAAAGAAUCUUAUGUGAAUGCAAUUGAAGAAUUAAAUAAAGAGCUCAAUAGUAUGAAAGAACAAUUCGAGCUGAUCUCUGCUGAAAAACAAUUUUUAACUGAUGAGCUUGCGAAAAGCCCUAUGGGCUUCAAUGGGGGCAAAAGCAAGGAAUCAAUUGAUUUUACACCAGUGAAUGCGGUUGCUGAAAUUUCUUUGCAAACAGCUGCUCCUGUUUUGGAACAAGACAAUGAAGAACUUUUACAAUUACGAGAAAAUUUUGCUAUUCUCACUUCACAGUAUGCUCAAUUAAGUGAAGCUAAUCGUGCUUGGCAAGAAUUUCAUCAAUCGCAAGUGAAUGAUUUUCGCACAAGAAUACAAGAUUGCAUACAAAUUGAUGACGAUUUAUCAUUUGAUGCUAUUGCCCAAAAACUUGUCAAUGAAAUAACAGCUGAACGUGAAUAUUCUAAUGAGCGAUAUCAAGCUUCAGAAAAAGAAUAUAAUGAGCUUCAAUCAGAAUCGGUUCAAAGUAGACAAGAACUUCUCUUCCUCAAAGAACAAUUUGAGGAAGUUCUUCGCGAUAAACAAUCAUUAAUGAGUCAAAUUGAAAAUCAAUCGAUCAUGAAUAAUCAAGAACGUGAUACUCAAGCAAUUGAAUUAGUAAAUAGGAAAUUGCUGGAACAACAAAGUGAAAUUUCUCAACUUCAGCAGAAUCUAGAUUCGGUUACAGCUCAACUUGAUGAAACAAAUCAUUCGCGGCAGCAAUCUGAACAAACACAGCUAUAUUUACUCAAAAGUAUUUUACCACAUUCAACUAAAAUAUCUCUAGAUGAAUUAACACAAGAAAUCAUCUCAUAUGUAAAUCAUUUAACAACUGAAAUGGAAUCAUUAAAAGAAAAAGCAGUAUUAAGUGAUGAAGAAAGUCAACAUGAUGUCAAUCAACUUGCACAAGAACUUAAUGCAUUACAAAAUCAUUGCACACAGUUAGAUAUUGCUAAUCGAACAUGGCAGCUAUUUUAUGAUAAUCAAAUUGAUUUAUUGAAAGAAAAAUUCAACAUUUAUAUUAAUAUUGAUAAUAAUCAAAGUUUUGAUCAAAUUAUUCAAUUGAUUGCUAUGCAAUUCGAACAGCAGAAACAGUUCAAUGAAAAUAUUCAAUUAGGCAUAAAUCAAGAUAAUUUCGAUUUGUUAAAACAACAAUUAAUAAAGUCACAAGAAAAGGAACAAUCGCUCAGUCAGCAAAUCUAUACUCUUGAAGAAGAAUGUCAAAAUCUUGAAGAACAAUUAAAAGAAAGUCAAUAUUCAAUUGAUUCAUUAAAAACUAAUUUACAAUUGGUAUCAAAUGAAAAUGAACAACUUAAACAACAAUAUGAUGACUUACAACAGAAGAGUAGCUUACUCACUAAUGUGAAUCAAUUAACUGAUUUCGAACGACAAUCUUCUCAUGAUACUUCAAAACAAAUGAUUCAAAAAGAAGUUCGUCAUACACCAAUUCAAGAGGUUCAAAUCCACCGAGUAACUCCUGUUCGAUCAGCGCAUACACCAAAUAUAGAGGAAGAAAUACGUCAAUUACGAGCUGACCUCAGUGCAUCAUCAGCUCAUUGUUUACAAUUAGAAGAAGCUAAUCGUGCUUGGCAACAAUUCCAUCAAAGUCAACUCGAAAUAUUUCGUAAUAAAUUACAAACUUCAAUUACCUUAGACGAUAAUUUUACACUUGAACAAGUAGCACAACAAAUUCUUAUUCAUUUUGAACAAUUAGAAAAGAGUAAAGAAAAUGUAUAUGCGUCAGACUCAAGUUCAGUAAUUGACUCUUUACAAAAACAAUUAACUCAAUAUCAAUUCAAUGAAUCCAUGCUUUCUCAAAAUCUUGAACAAUUAAAUAAAAAAUUACUUGAUGUUUCUCGUGAAUGUGACGAAUUUCGAGAGAAUAAUGCUGAAUUAAUAUUAUCCAAACAACAAUUACAAGAACGACUGCAACAAAUCGAUGAAAUUCAGUUGUCAAAUGAUAAUUCAGAGAAACUAUUUCAACUACAACAACAACAUGAUGCACUCAGUUUAGAAAAUCAACAAUUACAAUCCAAAUUGAUUGAUAUGGAAAAAUGUCUGAGUCCAUCACCAGUUCAUGCAACCAUUCAACGUAUUGAUUCACCAAGAGAGAAUGUGGCUAUUCAUAAUGUUAAUCGUGAACAUGAACUAGAAAUCUAUCGAUUACGAGCAGAUCUUGCCACAGCAUCUGCUCGAUGUUUAGAAUUAGAAGAAGUAAAUCUUGCUUGGCAAAACUAUCAACACGACCAAAUAGAAUCAUUACGAAAAAAACUACAAGAACAAAUACCCUCAUUGAACGAAAUUGAUAAUGCUUCCAUAGAAUAUCAGUCUCAACAAAUAAUUCAUCAUUUAGAUCAUUUGUAUGCUGAACGAGAUAAUGUCAUCCGUGAUAAUGAUCUAUUGAAAGACGAGCUUCGUAUACUAAAACAACAACUAGAACGUCCACGAUCUACAGAACCUACACAACGAAUAUUUCAUAAACGAUCACCACAUAAACACAUUUCAGAACCUCAGAUUCAUAGUGUAACAUCAUCGACAUCAGCAUCUCCUCUUAUCCAUGAACAUGAACAUGAACAAGAACUUCUACAAUAUCGGGAAAGUGUUGCUCUUCUCACAACACAAUGUGCCCAAUUAGAUGAGGCUAACCGAGCAUGGCAACAAUAUCAUCAAACACAACUUGAUACUUUCAAAAAUACGCUGCAAGAACAUCUACCUAUGAACGACAUUUUCACAUUGGAUCAAGCUGCACAACAGAUUCUUAAUCAAAUCAUAAGCGAAAGACAAGAUUUCAAUCAACAAUAUCAAGCAUUAGAAAAACAAAAUGAAGAUCUGCGAUCAGAAUCUGGAACGAAUUGGGAGACAAUUAAGGAAUCUUAUGUGAAUGCAAUUGAAGAUUUAAAUCAAGAGCUAGUUAUCAUGAAAAGUCAAUGUGAACAGCUGGAUGUUGACAAGCAAAGAUUAUCCGAUGAACUUGAAAGACGAACAACUGAGUUCGAUCGAGAUCAUUCUAGGCAGAAUAUUGAGAGAGUGUCAUCGAACUUACUACAACAAUCAUUUGAAGAGGUUCCAAUCCAUCGUAGUGGUCCUAGUCACACAGAAAUGGUGGAAUGUGGACAACUUCGUGAGACUGUUGCUCUUCUGACAGCACAAUGCAGCCAAUUAGAUGAAACCAAUCGAGCAUCGCAACAAUAUCAUCAAACACAAGUACUAGAUUUUCUAUCUAAAUUACAAGAGUUUUUGUCUGUCGAUGAAAACACUUCACUUGAUGCAGCUGUAGAGCAGAUUGUAGAGCAAAUAUCGAAGGAAAGAUCAGAUUUCCAUGAAAGAUUUGAACGGCUAGAAAAAGAAAGUGAGCGCCUACAAACAGAAUCGAAAGCUAACGCCGAUGCAAUGCAAAAUACUUAUCAAACUAUAAUUAAUGGAAUCAAUGAAGAAUUAGUUGCCAUAAAAAAACAGUGCGAAGAAUGGAAAAUUGAAAAACAGUAUCUGACUGAUGAACUUGAAAAACGAUCUGUUCCAUUACACCAAGAACAUGUUGAGCGGAACAUCGAAAAAGUGUCAUUGAAUCUUUUGAAACAGUCAUUUGCAGAGGUUCCGAUUCAUACUAGUAGUAUGAAUGUUGAAGGAGAUAUAAGUGAAUGUCAACAACUUCGGGAAACCGUUGCGUCUUUCACUACUCAAUGUGCACAACUUGAUGAAGCAAAUCAAGCAUGGCAAAUGUAUCACCAUACACAAUUACAGGAGUUUCGAAACAAACUACAAGACUAUUUAUCUGUUGAUGAUAAUGUAUCGUUCGAUAUCGUCGCACAGCAGAUUAUUGAUAGAAUUAGUAGCGAGCGAGAAGAUUUCAAUAAUAAAUAUCAAGCAUUAGUAAACAAAUUUGAUGGUCUUCGAUCAGAUAUGACUGUUCCGGCAGUACAGCAAUCCGAGAUGAAUACUGCUAAUGGAUUCAAUGAAGAACUCAGUGUAAUAAAGGAAGUCGAUCAAAAACUUUAUGCUGAGAAACAACCCCUAAUGGAUCAAAUCGAAAGUUUCUCAACUCAUACUGAACCAAAACAAGAUAUUGAACAAGUAUCAUUGAAUAUAUUGAAAGAGCCACGCGAACAGGUCUCUAUUCAUACUAGUAGUGUUGAUGCCAGAGAAGAUAUAGAAGAACUUCAAAAAAGGAUUGCUCAUCUUACAAGUGAAUGUGCACAACUUGAUGAAGCAAAUCGUACAUGGCAAAGAUACGAACAAACACAAUUAGACAAUUUCCGAAAUAGACUUCAGGAUUAUAUUUCUAUCGAUGAACAUAUUUCAUUUGAUGAUGUUAUACACAAGAUUAUCGAAAAAAUCGUUCAAGAUCGAGAAACUUUGAAGGCGAAAUGUGCUGACUUCGAUAGAUCCAAUGAUUAUCUUCAAUCAGAAUCAACUUUGAAAAUGCAAUUAACUGAACAGCCUUCUACAGAUUAUGUCGAUGAAUUAAACCAAGAAUUAGCUAUGUUAAGAAAUCAAAAUGAAGAACUCCAUAGAAUCAAUAAGCAUCUUGUUUUUGAUAAAGAAAACUUAAGCAAUCAAUUAAAUGAUCGAUCAAUAGUUUUAGGUCAUCAUACUGUAUCAGAUUUGAAUCAAAUUCCAGAAGAAAAUACAGAUGAACUAAAAGAAAAUUCGGAAGGUCAAUCUUCGUCUGCUCCUAUUGACGCCGAGGAAAUGGAAAAAAUUCGAGCUGAUCUAACCAGCAUCACUGAUCAAUUCAAUCAAUUAAUACAAACUAAUCGAAGUGAACUCGAUUCAUUUCGUGAUAUAUUACAAAAUUGGAUUUCUCUUCCGGAAAAUUCAACGCUUGAUGAUAUUGCACAACAAUUAAAAGAUCAAUUCGAACAACGCCAACAAAAUGUUCCUCAUACAACGGAAAAUCAAACUCAAACAAUUGAAUUAACAGAAAAAAUUCAUAUGGCUAUUGAAACGACUCCAGUAAUAUAUGAAAAUCAUCAAACACAAAUUGAUCUCGUUGAUACGAAUGACGAAGAAACUCAAACUGAAUCAUUUCAGCAAUUGUGGCCCAUCCUCAAAGAUGACAAUCUGUACAAUCAUGAUGAAGAUGAUAAUAAUCUAUUAGAUUAUAUUGAUGAAAUCUCUUCUCUAUCGCCAACUGAUCUUACGGAUCGUCUUAAUAAAGAAUGUCAACAAAUUUUAAUAAAAAAGAAUCUAUCACUAUCAUCCUAUGACAAUUUACAAUUAAAUCAUCAUGCAUUAAUGACAAUUUACUUACUUUAUAAACAACAUCUAACUGAUGAUGCCAAGCAAUUAUAUAACGAAACAUUAAUACGUGCAUUAAGACUAGAAUAUGAAUUGAUAAAUAAUGAAAAACAUGAUUACAUGGAAAAAUACAAUGAAGUUGAAGAAAAAUAUUUGAAUGAACUAAAUUUGAAUGAAAAGAAAAUGCAUCAAUUGCAAAAUAAAUAUGAAGAAUUGCUUGAACACAACGAACUCGAACGUUUAGAUUCUAAAAAAAUAUUAAAUGAUUUAGCUGAAAAAUAUGAAUUCAAUUUAUAUAAUUUACAUCAAGAAAAUGAAAAUCUAAAAUAUAAUUUAAGUAAUAUGUCACAAAGUCGUGAGAAAUCAUUAGGAAAUGAUCAUAAUCAAUUACAAAGCCAAUAUCAACAGUUAAGACAAGAUUACGAUGAACUUAUUAGUGAAAAUGAAUUACUAAAAGACUAUAAUUCUCAAAUGUAUCAACGAAAACUACAACGAAAUGCAGAUGAUCAAGAUUCUGAUGAAAUGGUAUCAUUACACGAUAUUGAUAUUCAAUGUAAUUUAUCUGAUGAACGUCAAGCACCAAAUCAUGACGAAUCAUCUUGGAGUAACAAUUGGACUGAUGAAAAAAUACAGCAAGAAAAACUUGUACCAGAACAAAAAUCAACAGAAGACGAUGAAAUCAAUCGAUUGAAAUCGAUUAUUUCAGACAUACAAUUUGAAAAUGAGAAUUUAAAAGAAUUAAACGCAGAAUUAUAUCAAAUAAAAUUACAAUAUACUAAUACUGAUUCAAUCGCUAAUGAAUCAAUAAUCAAAUCUCAAGAUAUUGAUAUUCAAUGUUUACUUCAACCCAUCACUAUCGAUAGUUUUGUACAAACUGAACAUGAAAAUGAACCAAAUCAACUUAUAUCAUCAGUAACAGAAGAUAAUGAUUGGAAUGAUCAACUACCCAUCAUAGAAAUUCCUUUAGGCGAACCAAAUGUUUCAUCUGUAACUGUUGAACAUAAAAUGCCAGAAACUGUUGAUAACGAAGCACAAACAGAUGAACAAACACAAGAUAAACUUUCACAAAUUAAUAAUAAAUUAAAACGUGCUCUUCAAACUAUUAAAGAUCGAAUACAUCAAAUAGUGAUUGAACAACCUGAAUUAUUUUCUAAUACAAAUGACGACACUCUUGAGCGUCUUGAUCAUUUAAGAAUUAUUAUUCGAAAUCAAGCUAUGCAAAUAAAUGACCUACAGAAUAGUUAUGAGCAAGCUCAAGAUGAAAUCAAUCAAAUGCAAAGCUCAUUAGAAGUAUGUCAAGACCGUAUUGAUAAUGAACAUAUAACAAAAACAGAAGAGCUUGCUUCUUCGCCGCCAUCAGUUAACGAUAGAAGUCAAUCAGCAAUUGAAGACUCUGAAAAGCAAAUUCAUCAACUCCAACAGAAGCUUUCUCAAAAUGAUGAUGAAAAACUUUUACUUCGUGAACGUUUGAAUGAAGUUGAACUCGAAUUACGAAAAGUAUUAGAUGAUCAUACUUCAACAAGGGCUAGGUAUGAAGAACAAUUGCAAUCACUUAUAACAGAACGUGAUGCAAUUUUUGAACAACAAGUACUUCAAUCAAAUGAAAAUCAACAUCAAAUUCAAAAAUUAGAAGAUGAAUUAGCUCAAGUCAAACAAUCAGUCGAUUCGGCACAUGCAGCUACUACUUCGAAUGAGGAUGUUAAAUCUUUACAAGAAAUAAUUCAAGAGCAAUCUGACGAAAUGAAAGAUCUUAGUGAAAAAUAUUUUACUCUUGUAUCUCAACUUGAAGUACAAGAUGAAAUUCUUAAACAAAAACGUCAAACUGAAGAACAAUUAAAAAUUUGUGAAAAUCAGAUUCAACAUCUGAUUAAUGAACAUGCAGCUCUUUCUGAAGAAUUACAAAAUAAAACUUCGACUUCUGUUUCAAAUAUAGACAACGAGAGCCAAACAGAUGAGCAACAACAACAGGACAAAUUAGUACAAUUAAAUCACAAACUCAAACGUGCAUUACAAACAUUUAAAGAUAAAAUUCAUCGACUAGUAACUGAAAGACCCGAAUUAUUUACUGACGUUGGCGAAGAAACAACUGAACGAUUUGAUCAUUUGAUUACGACAGUAGAACAUCAAGCA